AUGACGGGCUUUUCGUCGCUGCCCCUCGCCAGCGAGGAAGGCGACGCCGGCCAAAACGCCAGAAAAUUCACAGGCGUCGCUCACAUCGUUGGACCGCGAUGGGCACACCUUCCAACCCUCACAGUCGGUUUAUUAGGCGUUCAGGUGUUCUGGAGUGUCGAAAUGUCAUAUGCCUCGCCAUAUCUGUUAUCACUCGGAUUAAGCAAGUCGAGCAUGGCGAUCGUCUUCCUAGCUGGUCCUCUGUCCGGCCUAAUCAUGCAGCCAUUAAUCGGUGUAUUGGCAGACAACUCUACAUCUCGUUUCGGUCGCCGAAGACCAUAUAUGAUGCUUGGAACAGUCCUUUGCAUGGCCGGAAUGCUCUUGCUCGGAUUCACCAGGCCUGUCGCCUCGAUAUUCACCACACUGGGCUCUUCAGCUAAUGAUACCCUCACAAUCUGGCUCGCAGUCCUCGCCAUAUACUUUAUCGACUUUGCAAUAAACGCAGAGAGUGCAGUGCAGGCCAUGGACAGAGCGUUGCUCGUAGAUACCCUUCCAACAUCAAAACAAGCUCCAGGAAACGCGUGGGCGGCAAAGAUGUUGGGUGUUGGAGCAGUAGUGGGAUUCUUCGUUGGAAAGCUCGAACUAACCAAGGCGUUCCCAUACCUCGGAAGAACACAGCUUGAGGUGCUGUCUGUGAUCGUGUCGUUCUUUCUGUUCACCACCCAUUCUAUCACGGCGCUAUUUGUCAAGGAACGCGUAUUGCUCAAGUCUACGCAGGUUGAAGGGAAAACAAAGAAGCAAAACGCUUUCAUUCGGGAAGUGAAAGAUAUCUGGUCCAAUGUGCUCACUUUACCAUGGGUUAUCCGACAAAUUUGCUUCAUUCAAUUCUGCGCGUGGAUAGCAUGGUUCCCGGUCCUCUUCUACUCUAGCAUCUAUGUCGGCGAUUUCCACAAGCACGCCAGUCCAGUCCCAACUACAGCCGAAGGGAGGGCCGCCCUCGAUGCCGACGCGACCAGGAUGGGCUCCAGGGCGCUCUUCUACUCCUCGUUGAUUGCUCUGGUCUGCAACUUUGCCCUCCCGUUGUUCAUCCUAAAAUCCAACCCCAGAAAUGGUCUCCCCGAAGCACAGGGCCGAUACAGCCGCUUUGCCAUCCCGGCCGUCCUCAAGUUCCACCUCGCGUCGCUAUGGGCGUUUAGUCACUUGAUAUUUGCCCUGUGUAUGUUUGCAACCUUCUUCACGCAUUCCCUUGCAGGGGCUACUGCCCUCAUUGCUAUCACUGGCUUCUCUUGGGCUGUAACCCAGUGGGCGCCAUUUGCUUUGCUCGCUGAAGCGAUCUUAACUGAACCUGGGCCCGCAACGGCUGAUGACGGAGGGUCGAUUCAACUCGAAGAUGCGCGCACUCGAAAUCAUGACGAACGAACUGCAUUCCUCGUCGGGAACGACUCGGACGGCGAAGACGACGACGAUGUCCGCAAAGCAGAAGAAAACCGACGAAUGCUUCUUGGAAACCCAUCAGCUCAUGUUAGCACGCUUGACGUAGAUCGAUCCGGCAGCAGGUCAACUGAUAAUGAGUACGAGAUUGUCAAUGGAAGCGACGCGUAUGACAGCCCGCGGACCAGCACAAGACACGACCGGGAGGACGACGGUUUGGAUACCUCGGAUGCCAACCCUUCCGGGGGUCUGAGUGCAAAAGCCGGGAUCAUUCUCGGUAUUCAUAAUGUCUUCAUUGUCAUUCCCCAGUUCCUAGUGACUGGUCUCUCGUCAAUCAUCUUUGCCCUGUUUGACGAAAAGCCUGCUGUACCACCACACAGCGGCGCUGCACCAGCUCCGGUACUGAAUGGCACAGAUGUGUUGAACGCAGUAAAGAAUGUUUCGUCCGCUCUCGCUGACACUGUCCGCGGACGGGAUAAUCUAUACCACCUACUUCCGAGAGCAGAAGACGCAGUCCCGACCGCCAAGGCCAACUCUGUGGUCUACGUUUUCAGACUGGGAGGUGUUGCAGCCACAUUCGCCUUUGUUCUCUGCUGGAGACUAGCCAGAGAGAUGAGACAUAGAUGA